AAAAAUGGUAAUCUGUGAAAAGAAUAACUAAUGCUGGCAACACUCCAUUCAAAAAUUAUUGAUACAUCUGAAUUAUAUUUACGUAAAAAUAAGAUUUUUACAUAAUUAUACUCAUCAUUGUGAAUUAUAAAUGUGUGUUUUUACAUUACGAUGUGUUUCUAGUGACUAAAUAAGUUAAGAUUCGUUUUUGUAUUCAAGGACGCGUUCGGCACAACAAAUCGAUCUCACAACCAAUAUGGCGGCUUUACUAUAUUUUUCAAAAGUUGUUUACCAAGGUGUUUGUGUCCAUAAUGUUUAUUAUUUCAAAAACUUAUAGUGGCACAAAUAAUAUAGUGUUAAUUUUAUAGGAUUAUGUUAAGUUCAUAUGUUGACUCAUCAAAUGAAAAGGAACCGUAUAAUUUCUUUUAUAACGUUAAAAACUGUGUUUUUGGUAUCGUUAUUAGUGAAAUUCAGUGUAGUACUUAUGUUUUGUAGUGCAAACAUUACGUUAAUGUUAAACUCGACCGCGAUGUCACAAUAUGAGCGCUCACGAUGAGUCCGCCGCGCCACCCGCCCUCGGCAACUCUGUUCAAUUCAUGGGGGUGGAGCGUGUCAGCGGGUCGGGUGGCGGCGGGGCGAGCGCGCUCAAUGGGGGCACGCCGCCCGCCGCCGGCGCGCCGCCCGAGCGACAUGACGAGCCGCCGCGCAAGCGAGCCAAGCUGCCCGUCGACGACGUCGCCGCGUUGCGCCGCCGCGUCCUCGACUGCGAGCUGCAGCGUCUGAGGAACCUUCGCGACAGGUUCACGGAACAACUGAACGAGCUGUACUUCCUGCAGGCGGGCGGCAACAUGAUGGACUACGCCGUAUGGCGCAAGCGGCCACCGGCGCCGCAACUGUCGGCCUUCAUAGAAGCGCGCCGACCACCGCCCCCGGCCGCCGCCGCGCCCCCAUCGCCGCCCGCCGCCAGCGCGGCGCCCGCGGCGGCCGCGGCGCCCGUGGCGGCGGCGGCGCCGGCGCCUGACGAGAUGGUGGAGAAGGCCAAGCAGGAGGCGUACGUGGCGUCGCGCGUGGCGGAGCUGGCGCGCGCGGGGCUGUGGGCGGAGCGCCGCCUGCCGCGCGUGCUGGAGCCGCCGCGCGCCAAGUCGCACUGGGACUACUUGCUCGAGGAGAUGGCGUGGCUGGCGCAAGACUUCGCGCACGAGCGCAAGUGGAAAAAACAAGCGGCUAAGAAGUGUGCCCGAGCAGUACAAAAGUACUUCCAAGACAAAGCCCUGGCAGCGCAGAAGGCGGAAAAAGCUCAAGAAUUACAGUUAAAGAAAAUUGCCGCUUUUGCAGCAAAAGAAAUACGAACGUUUUGGUCAAACGUUGAAAAGUUGGUGGAGUGGAAGCGCGUGCGGCGCGUGGAGCGCGCGCGCAAGGCCGCGCUCGACGAGCAGCUCAGCUACCUCGUCGACCGCACCGAGCGAUACUCGCGCCAGCUCGCCGCCAACCUGGGGCCGCGCGCCGCGCCGCCCGCCGCGCCCGACGACGACGACUUCACGCCGCGCGACUGCUCCGACGACGACGAGGAGACCAUCGCCGCGGCCGAGGCCGGCGUGCAGCCCGCCGACCACCGCGACGAGCUCGAGGCGCUGCGCCGCGACUCGCGCCAGCCGCUGGGCGACCUGCUGCCGCCCGGCUACCUGCCCGCCAUCUCGCCGCCGCCCUCGGACUACGGGCCCGACGCCGACGAUUCCGCCGACGACGAGCGCACCAUCGCGGAGCAAGAGCGCCACGAACCGGCCGAGGACGCUGCCGACGAGCUGGCGGCGUUGCAUCGAGAGGCCGAUCUGGCCAUCGACGAGUUGCGGCGCCGCUACGCCCCGCGCGACGACCGCCCCGACGGCGACGGUUCGGAGACCGACCGAGACGACGGCGCCGACGACGUCGAAGACGACGACGACGACGCCGAGAACGAGGACGACGAAGGACAGGAGGACGACGACGCCAGCGACGAUGAGUCGGAAGCCAGCGAGUCCACCGCGGCGUCCGAGGGCAUGGAGGCGCUCAUCGACGAGCCGGGCGAGGGCGCGGCGGACGCGGCGGGCGGCGAGCGGCGCGUGGAGGCGGCGGCCGUGCUGGCGGCGUCGCUGCAGCCCACGGGCACGACGCUGUCGGAGACGGCCGUGGCCACGCGCGUGCCGCGCCUGCUGCGCCACGUGCUGCGCGAGUACCAGCACGUGGGGCUGCACUGGCUGGCCACCAUGUACGCGCGCGGCCUCAACGGCAUCCUGGCCGACGAGAUGGGGCUGGGCAAGACGGUGCAGACCAUCGCGCUGCUGGCGCACCUGGCGCUGGAGCGCGGCGACUGGGGCCCGCACCUCGUGGUGGCGCCCACGUCCGUGGUGCUCAACUGGGAGAUGGAGUUCAAGAAGUGGUGUCCCGCCUUCAAGAUCCUCACGUAUUACGGCACCAUCAAGGAGCGUAAAAUGAAACGUGUCGGGUGGACUAAAGCUAAUUCGUUCCAUGUGUGCAUAACUUCGUAUAAACUCGUAGUGCAGGAUCAUCAAAGUUUUCGAAGAAAACGGUGGAAAUAUCUUAUUCUCGAUGAGGCACAGAACAUUAAAAACUUCAAAUCUCAAAGGUGGCAGAUGCUAUUAAACUUUCAAACAGAAAGACGGCUCCUGCUGACGGGCACGCCGCUGCAGAACUCGCUGCUGGAGCUGUGGUCGCUGAUGCACUUCCUGAUGCCGGACGUGUUCGCGUCGCACUCGGAGUUCCGCGAGUGGUUCGGGUCCGUGGGCGGCAUCGCGGCCGGCUCCGCGCGGUACGACGAGGCGCUGGUGCGGCGCCUGCACGAGGUGCUGCGGCCCUUCCUGCUGCGGCGCCUCAAGGCCGACGUGGAGCGCCAGAUGCCGCGCAAGUACGAGCACGUGCUGCUCUGCCGCCUCGCCAAGCGACAGCGCUUCCUCUACGACGACUUCAUGUCGCGCGCCAAGACCAAGGAGAGUCUGGCAUCGGGGCAUCUGCUCAGUGUUAUCAACGUGCUUAUGCAGUUACGGAAAGUGUGCAACCACCCCGAUUUGUUCGAGCCGCGCCCCGUGUCCUCCCCGCUGCAGCUGCCCGCGCUGCGUCUGCUGGCGCCCGCGCUCGUGCUCGCCACCGGCCUCUCGCAGCGGGCCGAGCUCGCCGCGCGCCUCGGCGGGGACCUCGCCUCGCUCGAGGCCGACGGCGCCGGCGCCUUCGCCGCGCAUCGCGCUCGACACCUUGCGCCGCCGCGUCGACUAGUAGAAGAGUUGGGCGCCGGGCCGCCGCGCGCCGCGCCGCGCCCUCCACCGGCCGGCUUGCGCCUGCAUCUGCGCCUCGUGCCGCGCGCCGCGCCGCCCGACGCGGCCGCUCCCGCCCCGCCGCCCGCGCUGCUGCCGCGGGCGCGAGCGCCGCCGCCGCCGGCCGCCGCGCCGCCCCCGGCCGUGGCGGCCGGAGCUCGCGCGCGCCUGGAGGCCCGCCGGCGGGCGUGCCUGCGGCGCCUGGCGGCCCACAACGAGCGGCGCUGCUGGCGCCUGCCGCUGUACGGCAGCGACCUGCGCGCCGCGGUGCAGGCGGGCGGGCCGGCGCUGGCGGCGCGCGACAUGGGCGCGCUGCUGGCGGAGCUGCAGCCGCUGCUGGAGCGGUUCUGCCUGUGCGUGUCGGCGGCGCGCGCGGCCGCGCCCCAGCUGGUGCUGGGCGGGGGCGCGGCGGCGCGCGACUGGCGGCGCGAGGCGGCGCGCCUGGAGUCGGGGGCGGGGGCGGGGGCGCGGGCCGCGCUGUCGUUGUUCCACGCGGCCGCGUCGCGGCAGGCGGUGGCGUUCCCUCACCCGUCGCUGCUGCAGUACGACUGUGGGAAACUGCAAACGUUGGAUGGACUAUUGCGGCGACUGAAAGCGGGUGGACAUCGUGUGCUCAUCUUCACGCAAAUGACGCGAGUCCUGGACGUAUUGGAAGCUUUCUUGUCUAUGCAUGGCCAUACCUAUCUUCGAUUAGAUGGAGCCACGCGCGUGGAUCGGCGUCAACCUCUCGUGGACCGUUUUAAUGCAGAUCCUCGUGUAUUUGCAUUUAUUUUAUCCACACGAAGCGGCGGCGUAGGUCUCAACUUGACCGGAGCAGAUUCAGUAAUAUUCUACGAUUCGGAUUGGAACCCCACCAUGGACGCCCAGGCACAAGACCGCUGCCAUCGCAUCGGACAGACGCGGGACGUCCACGUGUACCGCCUCGUCACCGCCGCCACCGUCGAGGAGAACAUCCUGCGCAAGGCCGAGCAGAAGCGGGCGCUCGGCCAUCUCGCCAUCGAGGACGGCCACUUCACCACCUCCUACCUGCGCGGGGCUAACAUCAAGGAAUUAUUCAAUUCGGAGAGUGAAAACGUGGCGACCGAAACCGAAAGUAACGCCGAGGAUGCCGAACCUAGCGUCGGCGGUGAGCUGGAGUCGGCGCUGGCGGCCGCCGAGGACGAGGCCGACGCCGCCGCCGCCAGCGCCGCGCGGGCCGAGGCGCAGGGCGAGCUCGCCGAGUUCGACGAGACUCUGCCGCUCGACGACGACGCGCGCCCCGCGCCCGCCGCCGACCCCGACGACCUCGCCACGCUCAUGAACCAGCUCACGCCCAUCGAGAAGUACGCCAUGCGCCUGGUGGAGAGCAGCGAGGCCGCCAGCGAGGCGGAGCGCAGCGCGCUGAGCGAGAUGCGGCGCCAGCUGCACGAGUGGGAGAACGCGCGCCGCCAGCUGCGCAGCGAGCCCGCGCCCCACCCCGAGCCCGCGCCCGCGCCCGACCUCACCUACAGCCGCGGCGACGCGCGCGCCAAGAUUUGGGUGAGCAGCACUGGGUGUAUGGAACGAAUGCCGAUGUGGUGCCCGCCCACUCCCCCCUCCGGCGACGGCGACGUGUACUGCGACACCUGGGCGCGCGCCCUCUACCGCCGCGGACCCGCGCCCGACGCCGCGCUCCCCGCCGUGCACCGCCGCGAGCCGCGCGCGCGCGAGCCGCGCCGCAUCCGCGCCCCGCCCCGCGCCACGCACGCGCCGCCCUCGCUGUUCGAGCGCGCCGGCCCGCGCCCCCGCGCCCGCGCCCGCGCCCCGCCGCCGCACCCGCACCCGCACGCGCCGCAGCCCGACUGGGCGCCCAGCGAGGACGCCGCGCUGCGCCGCGCCCUGCGCCUGCAGCGCCUGCCGGCCGAGCCGCCCGCCGCGCUGCAGCCCAACUGGGAGUGGGUGGCCGACCUCGUGGCCGGCGCCGCGCGCGCCUACCGCUCGCCGCGCGCCUGCCGCGACCGCCACGACGCGCUGGCCGACCCCGAGCGCGCGCGCCGCCGCCACCGCCGCCCGCCCGCCGCGCGCCGCCGCCUGGACGACGACGCGCCGCGCCCGCCGCUGGCGCGCCUCGACGCCAUGCGCGACGCGGCCGAGCGCCGCCGCGCGCAGCCCAAGCGCCGCCACGACGACCAGACGCCGCACAACCCCAAGCACGCCGCGCUGCUGCACGACCACGGCGUGGACUACGACGCGCCGCCCACGCCCAUGGAGGUGGCUACGCGCCGUGCCGAGCGUAUAGCCAAAGAGAAACUGAAGGCGGGCACGGCGCCCCCCGCGGCCGCGGCGCCCCCUGCGCCCGCGCCGCAGCGCAUAGUAGUGGCGGCGCCGGCAGCCAAGGCGGAAGCCCGGCGCGUGCGACCGGCAGGGGGGGAGGGGGCGCGGCCGCCGGCGCCGGCCCCGCCCCCGGGGGGCGCGAGCUCGCAGACGCAGUUACUCUAUCGACAGCAGACUUUCCCAACUCGUCAUCUUAAAAUUCUUCAUCAGACGACUGCUGCACACGCUCAGAGCGCCAGCGGCGCCGGGCCGAGCGGGACUGGCGGCGGCAGCAGUGGCGGCGCGGCCGCGGCCGAGCCCGCGCUGCGCAAGCUGCAGCUGCAGCAGGUGGCCGUGCGGCGCGGGGGCGCGGCGGGGGGCGCCGGGGGCGCGGGCCCGCGCGUGCUGUCUGCGCGCGCGCCCCCGCACGUGGUGGUGGCGCACCUGGCGCCGGCGGAGCGCGCGCCGCGCCCGGACUCCAGACAAUAAACCGUUAUUAUAAUUUCAAUACCGAAA